AGGGGAAGCAGCAAACUUUCCAGGGGACCCCUCAACCACCCCUGUCUCUUCUUCCCAGACCCAGAAAGAAAGAGUGGAGAAGGCGGAAGGAAAGUCACCCUGCUUUAGGAAAAAUAGGGGAGUGGGAGGUGGGCCGCGGAGGGGCAGCCAGGCCUCAAAGUGAGCCACCCCAAACGUGUGGUGGCGGCGUGUGGUGGCAAUACGCCCGGCGGCCCACUCCCCAAACCAGCUGUCCUAGCGGCGCCAAGAGGGUGGGGGUGGGCUCUCCGCCGGGGGGUCAGGUCAAGCAGCCAGCGCGGGUGGGGGCGGGGGAGGAGCGGACGCUAUGCGCGGCGCAGGCGCAGAGCGCGUCUCGGUUGUCAAACAUGGCUGAAGUGCUGCCGCUGCCGCUACUGCUGCUGCAGGGAAAAUGCUGAGCCCUCCUGGACCGGGUGGGCGGCGGCGGCGAAGGCGGCAACGGGCACCCGCUUCCCCGGCGCGGCGGCGGCGGCCAUGGCCCGGCUGGCCGACUACUUCAUCGUAGUAGGCUACGACCACGAGAAGCCAGGGUCAGGAGCAGGUCUGGGGAAAAUAAUCCAGAGGUUUCCACAGAAGGACUGGGAUGAUACACCUUUUCCACAGGGAGUUGAACUGUUUUGUCAGCCUGGAGGGUGGCAGCUGUCCAGAGAGAGGAAGCAGCCAACGUUUUUUGUGGUGGUCCUGACAGAUAUUGACUCAGAUCGACAUUACUGCUCAUGCCUAACCUUUUAUGAGGCAGAGAUCAAUCUUCAGGGAACAAAGAAAGAUGAGAUUGAAGGUGAAGUGGAAGUGUCUGGUUUAAUUCAGCCUGCAGAAGUGUUUGCUCCCAAAAGCCUGGUGUUGGUAUCCAGAUUAGAUUAUCCAGAAAUUUUUAGGGCUUGCCUGGGUUUGAUCUAUACUGUAUAUGUGGACAGUCUGAAUGUCUCCUUGGAAAGUCUCAUUGCAAACCUGUGUGCGUGUCUUGUCCCAGCGGCUGGAGGGUCUCAGAAGCUGUUUUCCUUGGGUGCAGGAGAUAGACAGCUGAUCCAGACUCCACUGCAUGAUAGUCUUCCUGUCACAGGCACUAGUGCGGCUCUCCUGUUCCAGCAAUUGGGAAUUCAGAAUGUCCUCAGCCUCUUCUGUGCAGUCCUCACAGAAAAUAAGGUUCUCUUCCAUUCUGCAAGUUUCCAGAGACUUAGUGAUGCUUGUAGAGCCCUGGAAUCAUUAAUGUUUCCUCUUAAAUAUAGUUAUCCUUAUAUUCCUAUUCUCCCGGCUCAGCUACUGGAAGUUCUGAGUUCCCCAACGCCUUUCAUUAUUGGAGUACAUUCUGUCUUUAAAACUGAUGUUCAUGAGCUUUUAGAUGUAAUCAUAGCUGAUUUGGAUGGAGGCACUAUUAAAAUUCCUGAAUGUAUUCACCUCUCUUCCCUUCCGGAACCACUUCUACAUCAGACUCAAGCAGCUCUUUCUUUGAUUCUACACCCAGAUUUGGAAGUAGCAGAUCAUGCUUUUCCCCCUCCACGAACGGCUUUAUCCCAUUCAAAAAUGCUGGAUAAAGAAGUACGUGCAGUUUUUCUUAGAUUAUUUGCACAGCUUUUCCAAGGAUAUAGAUCAUGCUUACAACUCAUAAGAAUUCAUGCAGAACCAGUAAUACAUUUUCAUAAGACAGCUUUCUUGGGACAGCGUGGUUUGGUUGAGAAUGAUUUCCUCACAAAAGUUCUCAAUGGAAUGGCAUUUGCAGGUUUUGUUUCAGAAAGAGGUCCUCCCUAUAGAUCCUGUGAUCUUUUUGAUGAGUUGGUAGCUUUUGAAGUGGAGCGAAUUAAAGUUGAAGAAAAUAACCCACUGAAGAUGAUAAAGCAUGUCAGAGAACUUGCUGAGCAGCUAUUCAAAAAUGAAAAUCCAAACCCUCAUAUGGCGUUUCAGAAAGUUCCACGUCCAACAGAAGGAUCCCACUUGCGAGUUCAUAUUCUUCCUUUCCCAAAGAUUAAUGAAACUCGGGUACAGGAAUUAAUACAGGAAAAUCUUGCCAAGAACCAGAAUGCACCUCCUGCUUCAAGAGUGGAAAAGAAAUGUGUUGUGCCUGCAGGUCCACCCGUUGUUUCAAUAAUGGAUAAGGUGACAACAGUUUUCAACAGUGCACAGAGAUUGGAAGUUGUUAGAAACUGCAUCUCAUUCAUAUUUGAAAAUAAAACAUUGGAGACUGAAAAGACCCUUCCUGCUGCACUGAGAGCCCUUAAAGGAAAGGCAGCAAGACAGUGUCUCACUGAUGAGCUGGGUUUACAUGUUCAGCAAAACCGGGCAAUAUUAGACCAUCAACAGUUCGACUACAUAAUAAGGAUGAUGAACUGUACUCUACAGGAUUGUUCAAGUUUAGAAGAAUAUAACAUUGCUGCAGCAUUACUCCCUUUGACCAGUGCUUUCUAUAGGAAACUGGCCCCUGGAGUCAGCCAGUUUGCUUACACCUGUGUACAGGACCACCCCAUUUGGACGAAUCAGCAAUUUUGGGAGACAACCUUUUACAAUGCGGUGCAAGAACAGGUUCGAUCCCUGUAUCUCUCAGUCAAGGAAGACAAUCAUGCCCCACAUCUGAAGCAAAAGGGUAAACUGCCUGAUGACCAAUAUCAGGAGAAGACAGCAAUGGACCUGGCAGCCGAGCAGCUACGCCUUUGGCCUACUUUGAGCAAAUCAGCUCAGCAGGAGCUGGUGCAACGUGAGGAAAGCACUGUCUUCAGUCAGGCCAUUCACUUUGCAAACCUCAUGGUCAAUCUGCUAGUUCCACUAGAUACAAGUAAAAACAAACUCCUAAGAACGUCAGCACCAGGAGACUGGGAAAGUGGGAGCAACAGCAUUGUCACAAACAGUAUUGCAGGAAGUGUAGCUGAGAGCUAUGAUACAGAAAGUGGGUUUGAAGAUUCAGAGAAUAAUGACAUUGCCAAUUCUGUUGUGCGUUUCAUUACCCGAUUUAUUGACAAAGUUUGUACAGAGAGUGGAGUUACUCAGGAUCACAUCAAGAGCCUGCAUUGCAUGAUACCAGGAAUUGUAGCUAUGCACGUUGAAACCCUAGAAGCAGUGCAUCGAGAAAGUAGAAGACUUCCACCUAUACAGAAGCCCAAGAUUCUUAGACCUGCUCUACUGCCAGGAGAAGAAAUUGUUUGUGAAGGUCUUCGAGUCCUGCUGGAUCCUGAUGGAAGAGAAGAAGCCACUGGAGGCCUUCUUGGAGGCCCUCAGCUCCUGCCGGCGGAAGGAGCCUUGUUCCUCACCACAUACAGAAUUCUGUUCAGAGGGACUCCCCAUGAUCAGCUAGUUGGUGAGCAGACAGUUGUGCGAAGUUUUCCCAUUGCCUCCAUCACCAAGGAGAAGAAGAUUGCAGUGCAGAACCAGCUACAACAGAACAUGCAAGAAGGACUGCAGAUCACAUCAGCAUCUUUUCAGUUGAUUAAAGUAGCAUUUGAUGAAGAAGUGAGUCCAGAAGUAGUAGAGAUCUUUAAAAAACAGCUGAUGAAGUUUCGUUAUCCUCAGUCCAUUUUUACCACCUUUGCUUUUGCUGCGGGACAAACUACCCCACAAAUAAUUUUACCCAAGCAGAAGGAAAAGAACACUUCCUUUCGCACCUUCUCAAAAACAAUUGUGAAAGGUGCCAAAAGGGCAGGGAAAAUGACAAUUGGGCGGCAGUAUUUAUUGAAGAGGAGGACAGGGACAAUUGUGGAAGAGAGAGUGAACCGUCCUGGAUGGAAUGAAGAGGAUGACAUAUCUGUUUCAGAUGAUAGUGAACUCCCCACAAGUACCACCCUGAAGGCUUCGGAGAAAUCUACAAUGGAACAGUUAGUGGAAAAAGCUUGUUUCAGAGACUAUCAGCGUUUAGGUUUGGGAACCAUAAGUAGCAGCUCUUCUCGCUCAAAACCAGAGUACUUUCGAAUCACUGCCUCCAACAGGAUGUAUUCACUCUGCCGGAGCUAUCCUGGCCUUUUAGUUGUACCUCAAGCUGUACAGGACAGUAGUUUACCAAGAGUAGCCCGCUGCUAUCGACACAAUCGCCUGCCUGUUGUAUGUUGGAAGAACUCAAGAAGCAGUACCCUGCUUCUCCGAUCUGGAGGCUUCCAUGGGAAGGGAGUAGUUGGCCUUUUUAAAUCUCAGAACUCCCCUCAGGCAGCUCCUACCUCCUCUUUAGAAUCUUCCAGUAGCAUAGAACAAGAAAAGUACUUGCAAGCCUUACUGAGUGCAGUAUCUGUCCAUCAGAAACUCAGUGGUAAUAACACCCUUACUGUCAGGCCAGCACUUGCUCUGUCUCCAGUGCAUGGGUACAGAGAUAAAUGUUUUACUCAGUCAAAUCCCAAAUCUUCAGCUAAGGGAAGAGUCCAUUAUCAAGGUGUUUGGGCAAGUCUUCGCUCUAGCACUCGCCUGAUCAGCUCUCCAACAUCCUUCAUUGAUGUUGGCGCCCGGCUGGCAGGCAAGGAUCACUCGACGUCCUUCAGUAACAGCACUUACCUGCAAAACCAGCUCUUGAAGCGCCAAGCAGCCCUUUAUAUAUUUGGUGAGAAGUCACAGCUAAGGAACUUCAAGUUAGAAUUUGCUUUAAAUUGUGAGUUUGUACCUGUUGAAUUUCAUGACAUCCGACAAGUGAAAGCCAGUUUUAAAAAACUGAUGAGAGCUUGUGUCCCAAGCACCAUCCCUACUGACUCAGAAGUGACCUUCCUGAGAGCCCUGGGAGACUCUGAGUGGUUCCCACAGCUUCACAGGAUAUUGCAGCUCGCUGUGGUUGUAUCAGAAGUACUUGAGAAUGGUUCCUCAGUUUUGGUGUGUCUGGAAGAAGGCUGGGACAUCACUGCACAAGUGACCUCCCUGGUUCAGUUACUCAGUGAUCCCUUUUAUAGGACACUUGAAGGCUUCCGGAUGCUGGUCGAAAAAGAGUGGCUCUCUUUUGGUCAUAAAUUCAGUCAGCGGAGCAGCUUGACCCUCAGCUGUCAGGGCAGUGGUUUCACUCCAGUCUUCCUACAGUUCUUAGAUUGUGUACACCAGGUUCACAACCAGUAUCCAACUGAGUUUGAAUUCAAUCCCUAUUACUUAAAGUUCUUGGCUUUCCACUAUGUGUCUAAUCGCUUUAAAACAUUUCUCCUGGAUUCAGACUAUGAAAGAUUAGAGCACGGAACUUUAUUUGAUGAUAAAGGAGACAAGCAUGCCAAAAGAGGAAUUUGUAUUUGGGAGUGUAUCGAUAGAAUGCACAAGAGGAGUCCCAUUUUCUUUAAUUAUUUAUAUUCACCAGUGGAAACAGAGGCCCUGAAGCCCAAUGUAAACGUUUCCAGCCUCAAGAAGUGGGAUUACUAUGUAGAGGAGACCCUUUCCACAGGGCCUUCAUAUGACUGGACAAUGCUGACCCCUAAGCAGUUCCCCUCCGAAGACUCUGAACUGGCCAGAGGAGCUGGGCCCCAGAGCCAGAGGAGAACAGUGUGGCCGUGCUAUGAUGAUGUCAGCUGUGCUCAGCCCGAUGCUCUCACCAGCCUUGUCAGUGAAAUUGAAAGACUGGAGCAUAAAUUGAACCAAACAGCUGAGAAGUGGCAGCAGCUAUGGGAACGGGUAACUGUGGACCUUAAAGAAGAGCCCAGAGCAGACCGUCCCCAGAGACACCCUUUGGGCUCCCCAGGAAUUGUGUCUACCAACCUCCCUUCCUAUCAGAAGAGGUCUCUGUUGCAUCUCCCAGACAGCAGCAUGGGGGAGGAACAGAACGCCAGCAUCUCCCCAUCCAACGGAGUGGACCGGAGAGCAGCCACGCUGUACAGCCAGUACACGUCCAAGAAUGAUGAAAACAGGUCCUUUGAGGGAACGCUCUACAAAAGAGGGGCUUUGCUGAAAGGUUGGAAGCCCCGCUGGUUCGUUUUGGAUGUAACAAAACAUCAGCUGCGAUACUAUGACUCGGGUGAGGACACAAGCUGUAAAGGCCACAUUGAUCUGGCUGAAGUAGAAAUGGUCAUCCCUGCUGGCCCCAGCAUGGGAGCCCCAAAGCACACGAGUGACAAAGCUUUCUUUGAUCUCAAGACCAGCAAACGUGUGUAUAACUUCUGUGCCCAGGACGGACAGAGUGCCCAGCAGUGGAUGGACAGGAUCCAGAGCUGUAUCUCUGACGCCUGAUGCCCACGGUCAACCCAAACAGAAGAGGGAGGAGGGGCUUGUGCUGCCAGAUAGGAAAAAAGUGUGUGAGUCCUUGAGAAGCUGACAGCUUCCUGCUGGUUCUGAUGAGUCAUCCUAGAGCCUAAGGUUCUCCUACCCAGACUUACCCAUUCCCCUCUUUUAGCAGUUGCUAAGUCUGCUUAGCCUGAGUGGAUGUGUUACACAGGUCUGGUCAAGAGCCCUAGGCCCUCCCUGUAUCUUGCACUAGGUUGUUCUAACAGGGUCUUCAUGGUUAGGGAUCAGAAGAAUAUGCUUCCUGAGCCAACCGUCAUCCAUCCUCUAGGCAAAGUGGCUACCACCUAGCUGGGUCCUUCUUCAUGAAAGAUAGAUCCUUUUUGUUCUCCAAGGUCCUAAUAUCCUUGGAGAGUUUUCUGACAAGCAAAAAUCAAAAUCCUCCAAGACUAUCUUCCAUUCUGCAUAGAAUAGAUUUCCCAUCAAAGGCUCCAAUUCUUACUGCCUGACCUUAGAGAUGCUCAGUUCUCUGGUGCUGUCAAAGGUGCUUCCGUGAUACCUGCUCGACCAUUGGGGUUCACAGCAAGACCAUCAGUGCUCGGUGGCAGGCAAAGGGGGGCACACAAGAUUAUCCUGAUGGAAAAAGAUUGUCCAGAGAAUGAUGCAGUAAUCACCGGGCCAAUGCAGGAAAAUACUGCUUCCAAAGCACGGAACUUUCUAGGCCAAAGGUGUCCUGAGGAUGCAGGACUUUGUGUUCCCAUGUAUUCUUCUGCUCCCUGACAGCUUCUUACACAAAAUAACAUGCAAAAAGCUGAAUGCACUAACUCACAAAACAGACACUUGCACUGAACUAAUAAAGUGGAGAUGUUUGAGAGACAGAAGCCAGCUGUUUAUGACCACACGACCCCUAUGACAAGGGCUGUGUAAACCGAGGUCGCACUGUGGCAUGACUGGAUACCCAAACGGCACCUCUGCACGUGAACAGUAGGGACUUGUUUGGUCUUUAGGUUUUCUUUACUUUUGAUAGCCUGCCUUUGUUCAGCUUAAGACACCAGGAAUGCUGUUUCUUACGGCGCACAGAAACAGCUUUUCUGCAACGGCCGCUGCCGUUGGCUGGAGUCGUAGGUAGCUAGAUCAUUACAUUUGUUUUGAAAUGUUAAUAUGUUAAAUACCAAACUAAUAUUUCAAAAAUAUGUAUAUAUGAGUUCUUAUAUCCUUGUUUUUCAGAUAGUCUGCUUAUAAUUUAAUAUAAAAUUAACUAAUUCAUUCAUAAAAUUUCAGUAGUGAAAUGGUUCCCUUUUUAAAAAGCCACUUUGUAGAUUAAAAAUAAGUCAGAUUUUCAAAUUUAAAAUUAUCUACACACUAGAAAAUAGAAUUGUGUUAAUAUAUAAGAAAUUGGGGGAUGAUAAGAAUGAAGGAUUUUUCUAUCAUUUUCAUUUUAUAAAUUGCCACCUGUGAAAAUGGUUUUUGCACAUUAUUUGUAUUUUUCUUUGUAUAUGAAAUAAUUUUUUGUACUCUGUAAAAUAUGGAGCCCGUUGUACCCUCAGCUAUUUGAGACUUUACACAGUGCUUCUUUUGUAACUGGAUUCUUGUAACUUUCAUGAAGGCGCUACAUGCCUUGCAUUCACUAACCACCUUGAAUUAAAUUUAUUUCUUAAGAAAAAGCAUCCCUCAUUUACUGAAAUAAAGUUCACUGUGCAUUGCUUAGC